UUAUUUUUUAUUUUUAAAUUUCCAAUUUGCAGAACAAAUAUCUAUCUGUCUGUCCCUGUCUCCUUCAUCCUCAUCUAUUAAAAGCAAACUUUAAUAUCCAACACAGCUUCGUUCAGCCUUCACUCUCAUCCUUGCAUUUAGCCCCCCAAAAAAAGCAAAGCAACUCAUUUUCAUCCCUCUUCUCCAUCACUUUCCCGAGAAAAAGGAAAAGGAAAACCAAAAAUGAGAGAAAUCUUGCACAUCCAAGGAGGUCAAUGUGGGAACCAGAUCGGUGCCAAGUUCUGGGAAGUGAUAUGCGACGAGCAUGGAAUUGACAACACUGGAAAGUAUAGCGGUGACUCUGAUCUACAGCUGGAGCGUAUCGUUGUCUACUACAAUGAAGCCGGUAGCGGAAGGUAUGUCCCACGCGCUGUUCUCAUGGAUCUGGAACCUGGCACUAUGGACUCCGUAAGAUCUGGUCCUUAUGGCCAGAUUUUUCGCCCUGAUAACUUCGUCUUCGGCCAGUCUGGUGCUGGUAACAACUGGGCCAAGGGUCAUUACACCGAGGGAGCUGAGCUCAUUGAUUCUGUUCUUGACGUUGUUAGAAAAGAGGCUGAGAAUUGUGAUUGUUUACAGGGAUUUCAAGUUUGUCAUUCUUUGGGUGGAGGUACUGGAUCUGGAAUGGGAACCCUUCUUAUUUCCAAGAUUAGGGAGGAGUAUCCAGAUCGCAUGAUGUUGACAUUUUCGGUCUUCCCUUCUCCUAAGGUGUCUGAUACAGUUGUCGAGCCAUACAAUGCUACCCUUUCUGUUCAUCAGCUUGUUGAGAAUGCUGAUGAAUGUAUGGUUUUGGACAAUGAGGCUCUGUAUGACAUCUGCUUCCGCACUCUCAAGCUUGCCACUCCAACUUUUGGUGAUCUUAACCACCUCAUCUCUGCUACCAUGAGUGGUGUGACAUGCUGUCUGCGGUUCCCUGGACAGCUGAACUCUGAUCUCCGUAAGCUGGCUGUUAACCUUAUCCCCUUCCCACGACUACACUUCUUCAUGGUUGGAUUUGCACCCUUGACAUCCAGAGGAUCACAGCAAUACCGGGCCCUCACUGUGCCUGAACUGACUCAGCAGAUGUGGGAUGCCAAAAACAUGAUGUGUGCUGCUGACCCACGCCAUGGCCGAUACCUAACUGCUUCUGCAAUGUUCCGUGGUAAAAUGAGCACUAAGGAGGUUGAUGAACAAAUGAUUAAUGUCCAGAACAAGAACUCAUCAUACUUUGUAGAGUGGAUCCCUAACAAUGUCAAGUCUAGUGUUUGUGACAUCCCACCUAAGGGUCUGAAAAUCUCAUCCACAUUCGUUGGAAAUUCAACUUCAAUCCAGGAGAUGUUUAGGAGGGUUAGCGAGCAGUUUACAGCAAUGUUCCGGAGGAAAGCUUUCUUGCAUUGGUACACCGGUGAGGGAAUGGAUGAGAUGGAGUUUACCGAAGCUGAGAGUAACAUGAAUGAUUUAGUUGCCGAGUACCAGCAAUACCAGGACGCAACAGCAGAUGAAGAGUACGAGGAGGAGGAGGAGGAGGAAGAGGAGGAGGAAGCUACAACUUGAGGCAGGAGACUCUAUACUUCUUUCAGAUGGUAUGAAAUUUGUAUCUUGGUUUGUGUUGUUGAUGGGGUCAAAUUUAGAUUGACAUCAUGUGUAUGGUUGUUGUGGGUCCUUGUAUCUGGGAUGGCUUUUUAUGACUACGCAUUUGCUUUAACGGCUUGAUGAAUGAUGGAUGCUUGUAUUUAGUAGAUUUGGAGAUAAUAUUAUUUGUGUGAUACUAUGUCUUUUAUGAUCCAAGGCGUCCAUGGAAUUUGUAUCAA